CCCUUUUCUUUCUCUAACAAACGCGCUUUCACCAAGUCAUACCUGCCUUGCUUUUGUUCUUCCAAGUCAUACCAUUUUCUCUUUUUUUCAUCAACUUUUACAUCACAGCAAAUUCCUUCUUAAUUUGGUAAAACCUCUCCAAAUAUCCAGAAAAUAUAAUAAAUAAAUCCCUAAUUUUUUUUCUAAUGGAUAAUUAAACACUUUUUGUGUUCCCCUCUCUCUAUCUUUAUUUUCUGAGUCGGAGAUAUUUUCAUCAAGAGUCUUGAAUUGCGUCCACAUCUCUUUCUUUUAAAGAAUGGCGGAGGAAAAUGAUGAUAAGGCUGUAGCAUUUGAAGAUAUGGAGCUGGAAAGUGGUGAUACAAUGACGAAUGACAAACCAUCAGCAACAGAAGCUACUGAUAACAGCAUUUACCAGAGUAAAGUGGAAUCUGGCAUUGUUGAUGUGGAAGAAGCAGAUAAAUUGACCGAUGGAACGUCUGAUGCUUCAACCAAGGAAGAAGAUGAAGAUUCCAGAGGCAAUAUUACAGAGAGGGUGCUUGUAGAAAAGUUCCCAACCGAAGAUACUGAUCUUUCUGUAGGCCAUCUGAGGAAAAAAUCUGACAUAGUUCUUGUUGGUCCAAAUCAUAAGUUUGUUGUUCGCUCUCGUUACCGUAGUGCUUCAAUGGGUUCCUGCCAUGAUUUGUGCAAAAAUGGACAUAAACAUGAGCCAGAGAAGAAGAUUAAAAGACUAAUAACGAGAACAAAUAGAGAAGCUCAGCCCCUAAUGAAGACAACUAGUGAAGACCUAGGAAAACGUGUACCAGAGAAAGUGGCCAAGAAAAAAGAAAAUAACCGACGCAUAUCUCUUUCAGGUCCCCUACCAGAGAAUUCUCCUCUAAUGCGUAUGGACAAUAGUUUUCGUAAGAAAGACAUAAAUCAGUUGAAGAUGAAGCAUACAGUUCCAAGUCCUGGAAAUUCAAGCAGCAGUAAGAUUGAAACUCGAGCUUUCAGGAGAACAUUGACUGAAAGUUCUAAUUCGCAGAACAGCUCUACCCAAAAAGUCAAAGAUAUCAAGAAAUUGAAGGAAGUAGGGAGCUUUAGCAAGGGUGAAAAGGAGGUCAAAUUAAAAGAGCUAGUGUGUAGCUCUCCAGAGACGUCAGUUAAGGACGCUGAUCAUAGCAAGGGUGAAAAGAGGAUCAAAGUAAAGGAUUUGAUGAGUAAUUCUCCAAAGACACCUCUAAAGAAAUCUCCAAGCUUCAAAGCAAGACUUUACAAGAAUAGCAGGAGUUCUUCUCGGUCCAAAAAACAGAUUAAUCCUGAAGAACCAGAAAUUGAUGGACAUGAUGAUGAUAUUCCUAAGAAAAUAUUGGGUAUGAUCGAACCAAGUACCAGAAUGAAACCAGCUGAGAAGACUUCAAACAUUAUUCUACCUGGUAAAACUCAAGGAUCUAAAGGUAACCGGAAAGGAAAUGGGUUCAGUCUUCUGUCUUCCUCAUCACGACUGUCUUCUCGAAAUCAGGGAGAGGAUCAGCAAGGUUCAGAGGCGGCUACAAAGAACAAAGAAUUUGGUGUUAAAACAGAGGAUGGUGGGUCAAAAACUAGAACAGCAAGAGCAAAAUCAGCUGUGAGUCGCAGAAUGAAAAAUUUAGAGUUCAAACAUACCAAACAGAGUGACACAAUACGAGAAGAUGGCUGGUCUAAAACUAACAACGCUUCAAGAGCUAAAUCAACUGUGGAUCCCAAAUUGAAGGCAAUAAGAAAAGACAAAAGUCGUUUGGAAGAGAAAGAUGCUUCAGCUUGGAAGGUGAAAUUCAAGAGAGGCACUGUGGUUGCCCUUCAGACUACAAACAAUGCUCCAAAGAAACUCAGAUUUAAAAGAGCUAAAUAUUUGGGUGAAGAUGAAAAUGGCAAGUCUGAUGCUGAUAGGAAAUCGAAGAACGAGAAUGAUGUGGGAAAUGAAACACAUGAUGCCGAACUUGGACCAGAGAAAGUUCGUUUGAGACACCAAGAAGCAUCGGAGAAAAAAGACGAUGUAGAUUUGAACAAUGUUAUUGAAGAGACUGCAAGUAAGCUUGUCAAAACUAGGAAAAGUAAAGUCAAAGCUUUGGUGGGUGCUUUUGAAACUGUGAUGUCUCUUCGUGAUCGCAAACAUCUGGUAGAACCUAGUGCCUCCUGACAUGCAAAAGGAAUGGUAUGUAUCAUAUAGCUUUCUUCUGUAUAGUAAUAGCUUUAAACUCAGGUGACAUGGUGUGAAGAUAACCAUUUAUAUAUGUGUUUUCCUUUGUUUCCCCCAUAUUCAUCCAUGGAGAUGUUUGUAUUUGUUUUGAUUUAUACCAGUGCUUCAUUUCGGAGGCUAUUGUUUGUUUCUCGUGGAUUUAUUUGGGGAUUUUCAGUUGUGAAUAUUUUUUUUGUUGGUUACUUUCCUAGAUUCUUUCCUAUC